AUGUUGAGCACCCCUUUCCAUUCAGGGGCCCGACAGUGCUCCCUGACUGGCGUGAAUGGCCAUCGAGGCGACCCAGCGGAGAUGGUGAACAUGUCCAUGACAGUAACAUUGGAUCAAUUAAGAUUUCAGUGAGUAUUUGACCUCAUACAAGUUGUAUCGAAUGUUUUUAUGACCUAAUACAAAUUUAGCUAUGACCCAAUGUUAGAUAUAAUAGCCUGUUUCAUAGAAUUACGUUUACUUAAUGCCAAACCACUGUUGGCAAGUGCAAUUAAUGAGGGAGUGGUUGUUUGGAACCUUCCGCCUUUUUCUUUUUCAUCAACCCGUUGUUGCCGCGAUGGAUUUUUGGGUGAUACUUUAUACUAGUUGGCUUAAAAAAAAAGACCUCUUGAUUUUAGUGGUAUAUUUUUCUUUGACAGGAAAGACGAGAACAAUCGCCUGACUCUUUUAAUAGAUUUUAAGAAGGAGAAACAAGACCAGGGGAACCGGUGUUACAGGUAAAUCCAUCGUUGGUCGCGUAUUAUCCUUCACAACUUUUACCUUUUAAUACAUUUAGCUGAAGGUUUGUCCCUACCACCAGCUGCCGGGAACAGCUAAAUAAUGAUAGUUUUAUUCAUUCCUCGUUGUUGUUAUCGCCUACACUGAAAGAGUGUCCCCCCAGGGGGGACACUCUAUUGAGGCGGGGGUACUCAAUUAUAACAGUGAUGGGGAAGCACGAAACCCCUUUUCUAUGGGAUAAGAAAAAUCUAGAAUCAAAUCGAAAUUCAAAUAUCUGUGUUAUAAAAAUAGAGUUCGAUCCGUGGUAUCGUCCUUCGCAGCUAAAAUUUGGAAAAAAAUUCACAACUGUAUUCCCAUUUUCCCUUCCCUUUUUUUGUAGAUUGACAGAUGCAAUAAACUAGGGUAACAUCCGUAAACCGUGUAUUUGGCAAUUUAAUGGUAUGACAGAAGUACGAACCUAGGGUGAUGCUGUGAACAUGGCCCUUUACAAAGAAAACAGAUCAUACUGGUCCACGGGCAUCAGGGUUUCCAUCAUAUUUGGCAUGCUUCUUUGAACAUUUGCUUUACAACGAAUCCAUGUAUCCUGUAAUAACGACUUGAGAAGAUAACCAGUUUAGAUAGAUAUAGGUCUAUAUUGUGGGCUUUAUGACUGACUUACACUAGUACUAUUUUCAGGUGUCCAUUCCAUGUCACGCCGCUGAGCGAUGGAUCACCCUAUGCCGCCGCUGUAAUUAGCAUUCUUCUUCUUGCCAGUGCAAGGAGCAUUUGCCCUCACACUGAUAGAGGCCUAUGAAAGUGGCGAUUUCGCUUUCAGGGAGGAGGCAAAAUCUUGGCCGCUGUUGUGCCAUGUCAAUAACUCGAGUGGCAAGAUAAACGUGAGUCUUAAAUCACACAUUCUUUCCCAUAGAGUUUCCUUUUUUUCCACUUGGUUAAAAAGUGCUUGUUAUGCAGGACACACAACAGUGGAAAAACUGGGUAGCAAAUUGUUCCGAGGUGUAAGGACAUCAAAACAUGCUUUAACUGCCAAUGACUUACAUGUCAAAAGGAUGAAAAAAAUAUGCAUCCAAACAGGAUGUAAUGAUAAUUCGGUUCAGUAACUACUCCAUCCAUUCAUUACAAGGUACGAGGUUUGCAUUAGUUGUUUGUCUGAGUGCAUAAUUAUCAAUAAUUCUUUUGCCACUUCUACUGUAAACAUGAAUUCGGGUAACAUGAGAGUAUUUAUAUCCCUAUCAAGGAUGCUAUAUGGAUGUCAUUUGUAUACUUUGGUUUAUUCUCUAAGUUUUCUAAAAAAACUUUAUGCAACAAAAACUUCACAUUUUAUGAUAAGAAAUCCUUGCAAAUUUUCAUUCCCAGAUGCUGUUCAGUUUAAUUUCCAUUUAUCGCUAACGCUUAAGACAAUGCAAUCUUAUUCCGGUGUUUUUUCUUAUUUUAGAACAACAAACCCCUCAAUGAUUUAACCAGCCUCUUCAAGAGGGUGGUAGUGAAAGCCGGGUUUGACCCGAGGAGGAUAACCCACCACUGUAACAGGUCGGUAAGUUCAUUUUCUUUACUUAAACGUGGAGUCAUAACUGCAUGCGGAACCAAUUUGAGGGAAAAUAGUUUUAGUGGAAGAGAAGCCUCUGGUAUGUUUUGAUGGACGAAAGACGUGCUCGCCGACGACUAUCUGGAAAAGGAAUCUUGCCUCUCAAAAACUGGUUAUGAUCUUCCUUUAUUCUUUUCAGGGAUUUGCCACUACCUUUAUAAUCAACCAGAUGGUUGAUAACAAUGGGGUCUUUCCGCGGGAAGCAAUCUCCACCCUGUGUCGCCUCGCAGGGGGGCACUUGGGCCCUCUAUAUCAAGGAGGUAAUGGAGAGGCACUUAGACACAAGUACCUACAUCUACAGGUAAAAGCAUGCAUAUGGGGUAUACUUAAUCGCUUAUAUGUGCCAAUGUUGUAUGAAGAAGGGCAAAUGCACGAUUUAUUGAAAUGGCUGGGUCUUGCGCGCUGAUUAGUAAAGGUGGUAGUGCAUUUUUCCCCCUUUCUUCCUUGUCUUGGUGAAAGUGAGACCCCUAUUGCUGGUGGAAAGAGCCGCAAUGUGAAGGGACUGAGAAAAAAGUGCUCGGGUCAUCUAUCCUCUGGCACUUCAUCGAAGAUCUAAUCAAUCAAAUCAAUCACCACGUAACACCUAGCAGCUCCCACAAGCUCGUAAUCGAACAUGGAAUGUAACUGUAAUUUUCUUGUGGUACUACUCAGAAGCGCAGAGGCUUUAGAGUGAUCACUAAACCUUUUCGAGAGUUCCUAGCUCUGCCUUCGUAAACUUAUAGUUUCAUCUCAUCAUUUUCAAGGUUAUUUAAAAUCCAAAGCCGGCAAACAUAAAUUACUGAGCAUACUGGUAAAUAGAGGGGUUAACGCAAAAUGAAAUAGAUAGAGAAAAUAGAUUUGAAGAUAAAAUCAAGCCCCAGUUUACAGACACUCGUCGUUAAUACUGAAACUUUCUGUGGACCCGCAGUGUCCAUGAGAACGUGGUUUGAGUAUAGCCCCAAUUUGAUAAUACUGUAAGACUGGGGCUUAUGCCAUUUCUCCCCGGAAACGAAAAUAUUGCGUAAUUGAAUUUCUCUUGUUGUGCUAUUGUCAUCGCAGGGAUCUAAGAACCGAGAAAACUUCAUACUUGAAGGCCAUCAAAACAAGUGUCAACUACCGCCUCGUUAA